AUGCCGUCUCCUGGCAUCCUUGUGCCGGCGCACUACAUUCUAGCCUCCUUCACCGAUGCACCCCUCUCAUUGACCGUUUUCGACCUGCAUCCCCCCGUCGCGCUUGCUUCCGUUCACGGCUUCGACUGGCCCAUGGGACACAUUCCAGUAGAGAUAUUCGACAUCAUUGUCUCUCACCUCCCUCGCUCCGACGUCAAGACCCUGCGCCUUGUUUGCAGAGAGUUUGAAGCCAAGGUCUCGGCCAGCUACUUCCGCAAUGUCGUCGUCCCGUUCACGGCCGAGAUCUACUCGCGCCCCGACAAUGCCUUCUCCAGCGGCAUGCGCAUUUUCCGGUCCUUUGGCCCCCACGUCCUUCGAUUCGCGCUGUCGCUGGAGGUAAACGAGGACGCCCUCGCCGCGCCGCCCGUCAAGUUGACGCAACGGGCCAUCCCCACCUUUUGGGGCAUCUAUCGAUGGCCUCAGGAGAAUUACUGCCGUUACCCCGAUCUCGAGGGCAUCGAGCUUGCCGCCGAUGAGACUCAUGACAUGGCCGAGGCCAUCAGCUGUCUCUCCAAAGUCCGUAACCUCGGAAUCUGUUGCGACGCCGGCUUGGGCUUUCUCCUCGGCCCCGAUCGCGUCGCGAAAGGCGCUUUUGCUGCGCACGGCGUCUUUGGCACCGAGGACUGGCGCCGUAGGAAGGUGCUGCAAUCCCCUAUGCCGGCCCGCCUCAUCGUCGCUAUUAACAGUCUUGGGCGCACCGCGGGCCCUGAUGCACAGGCUGGUGCAGCUUUCCUUCGCUACGAGACACUGGCCAGGAUGAUGAUGGCCGCCGGCUUCUCGGGCACCGCCCAAGUUGAUGAGGCCAUGCGCGUCAUGGCCGCCACUGAAGAUACAACUGUCGAGCAGAUCGAUCUCGACGGCAUUCCUGCCGCUCCUCGGCCCCCAGAACUCGAGCCUGAUUUCCUCCUGACCGAUGACGAUACGCACCAAUUCUUGGAGUCGAGGGUGUCUGACCGAGAGCCACGAUUCCUCAGCCCUGCCGCCCUCACUGUGGCCCAAACGGAGAUGCUUCUCGAGUUGGACUGGGCACACCGUGCAAUGAUCCAGUCCUACGUCAUUGCGCUCAUGGACAACGCCCGGACGGGCGUUCUCAACAACGUCACAACUCUGAGCAUCGCCAAGAUUCCGAGCAGCCACAUCAAGAUUCUAUGCCGCGACGACCUCUGGCAGAGCCUGCCCCAGCUCAAGAUCGUCUCACUGGGCGUUAUUGCCGACUGGAGGGAGAUUUGCGCAACAGAGGAUGGCUCUGCCCAGGGCAGAUCUUUGAGUCCCACGGACGCCGUCGGCAAGGUCUUCGAGCUGCUCAACUCUCAUAUUGGAAGGCAAACCAACAUUGAGAGCCUUCACUUCGAAUGGAUCUGCGGCGGCGAAUUUGGCCCGAGCCGAUACCAGCGCAAUCAGUACAUCCUACCGGCGCCUUUCUUUCAGCAGCCGGAAAACAUGGCGAGACUGAACAGCCCCAGAAUCCAUGCGGACGACAUCCUUCGUCUCCCGCACGUCGUACACCUCUCAUUGAAAAAUUGCUGGGCAUCCCCCCACGUCAUGAUUCAAGCUCUACGCCAGUUCGCUCUCUCGUCCUUGGAGAAGCUUGAGUUUGAGUCGGUGUCCCUUUGCGGGCCUCCAACCACGACGUCCCAGCCAUCACUCGCCUGGGACCUCUUUCACGUUCGAACCUUCCCUCACCUCGGCUUGUUCCAAGCUGCUCCGGUGCAGCCUGCUUCUACCAAUCCGUCCCAUGCAAUGUUCAACACUCACGCUGUGCCCCCUCCGGCGGACUCCCAAAACCCCCUUACAAGUGCGAAUCCGUUGCCUUCUCAGGUGCUUCUGGACAUAACGGGACCCGGAAUUUUCUCGUGGUCCGGGCUCAUCGAAUACUUCUCUCCUGGGGCCAAGAUCAGUCAGGGACCAAGCGAGGAUGCCGACUCAUCGGAUGAUGAGGGUGAGGUGGGGGAGCUGCUUCCCAAUCGUUUGCUGGCCUAUCUGCGGCAAGAUACACUACAUCGCCCAGCAGGUGAGCGAUAUCAGCUGCGGUCGAUAUCGUUCAAGUCGUGCGGUUAUGUCUCCAUCGACCAACCGCACAUCGAUACGCGUUCUCUGGUGGCCAGAAGACGCCAGUUGUUGCCCAACCCUCACGCUCAGGAGGCAAUGUAUCCCAGCGAUCACAUGCAGCGAUGUACGGAUACUUUGCUGGGGCUCAUUAUUCCCCGCCUCCCUGCUCAGGACUACAUCAAUCUGCAUUACGGCUUCGGUAUGACCUUUGGAUGGCAGGGGAUCUACGACGGACGAAUCAUACAGGAUGCCGUUAAGGACGGUAUCGAAAGGCCCGGUGUUGGGCGUUUCUCUGGUAUUCUCGAGGGUGACGGAAACGUCAUUGAGUGA